AUGGAUGAUUAUUUUGAAGAUGUAACAACUUAAGAAGUUCCUUCUGAGGCCCCAUAGUUUGACUAAGGUCAAAUUUAAUAAGCUUAAUAUGAUGUUUUUAGUGCUUUUUAAAGUGAAGUACCUAUUCCAUCUUAGCAAUCAGUUGUUUAUGUGAGCCCAGAAUAAUAAAUUAGAAAGGACAAAUUAAAAGUAAUUGAGGAGGAAAGACUUGGUUAGAUAAGAGAGAAGGAUUAACAGGAAAGGGUAUUGAAAUAAUAAAAAAAAGAAAAAGGUCGAGAAUAUUUGCAAUAAUUCAAAAGUUAAUAAGAGUCAGAUAUUUAAUAAAGAAAAGUGUUGAAUAAAUAGAAAUAAGAGAUUUGGUUUGAAAACAAAAAGAAUCAUAGUUAGUAUAAAAAUUCAUGGGACUAAAUUGCAUCCAAUAUAGCUUUAAAGGAUGGUGAGUACCCAGGGUAAAAAGAUGUGACAAAAAUGAGAUAAGCAAUUCUUAAUAAGAGAAAUGAUUUGACAAAGUGA